GGUUACACAGCAGUGAAGAAGACAUCCGGAGGUGAGUAUAUAGAGGAACACAGGGGUCUCUAUAAGGACGUGAUGAUGGAGAAUCACCGGACCCUCACAUCACUGGAUGGUCCCAGUAACAGAGAUACCCCAGAGAGAUGUCCCCGUCCUUUGUAUACACAGGAUUGUACAGGGGAGAAUUACAGGAUUCUACAAGAGUAUAAGGGCGAUUUGACUGAUAUUAAGAUAGAAGUUAUAGAUGGAGAAGAAGAGAUGUAUGUAAUGGGUGAUCAGCAAUUUAAAGAGGAAGAUAUCCCUACAGAUAACAGCACAGAUGGAUCCAGCAACAGAAAUACCCCAGAGAGAUGUCCCCGUCCUCGUUAUUCCCAGGAUUGUACAGAGGAGACUCACAGGUUCCCACAGGAGCAUCAGAGCGAAAGUUUGAUUGAUAUUAAGAUAGAAGAUAUAGAGGAAGAAGAAGAGAUGUAUAUGAGGGUUGAUCAGCAGUGUAAAGAGGAGGAAAUCCCUACAGAUAUCAGCACAUAUUUUAAAACAGAAGAUAACAUGGCAGCGGCUUUCCAAGGAGAGAAUAGCAUUGCGAUGUACAUGCACCCAGCGCACCAUGGCGCCGAGAUGUCCUCUAGUCACUGGAAUCAUGGAGAAUCCUCGGAUAAUUCAGGAGGCUCCACGUUCAGGAAACACAGCUUGCACGAGACUGAAGAUGACGGUGACGAUGGGGAGGCCGAAGAGGGCAGCAGCACGUCCAGAGCUCCCAGGUUUUCAGAAGAAGAGAACGAGAUUCUGGUGGAAGGGGUCCUGAGGAACUACGAAGUCCUGCUAGGCAGCCUGUCCCAGCAGACCUCCCACAAGGCGAAGACCGCCAUCUGGAAGGAAAUAGCCAGCGCCGUCUCCACCCAGGGGGUGCAGCCGCGCUCCAUAGAGAUCUGCAAGAAAAGAUAUCGGGAUUGCAAGCGGAUCACCAAAAAUAAGAUGGGGCGGAUAGACAAGCACGCCAAGGACACGGGUGGAGGAGAACUGCGGCUCAUCUUCAAGACGUGGGAAGAAAGGGUUAGGCAGCACCUCUCGCGUGAUGUGGAGGGAGGUGCGGACACCUCAUUCUCUCUAACAUCCCAGGAGUGUGCACCUACUCGGAUGCCUGAGUUACAGAGGAAGAAGACGGCGCCCAAGGAAGUGCAAAGAAAGAGGGAAGGAAUGUCAGGAUCCACUUAUCCUUCUUCCUCCGCGUCCAGCAGUAUCACUGUGGUGAUUGAAGAAGAACCACGGGCCGGAAGAUUCCAGUGCUCAACAGCGAAAGCGGGAACUUCAUACUCUUCGUAUUCUGAAGGUCAAAGAAAGGCAAAAGAUGGCGGAGUCGCAGUUCAUGCUAAGACAAGGCCCUUUCAAGCUUCGGGUAGUGACUCGCCAUCAGCUGAAGCCAAGAAACCGAUGAAACGCAAAGGCCCCGAUGAAAAGGAAACUGCCAAGAGACGUCCCAUUGAGGAAGAGGCGUCUGCGCAUUUACCUGUCGCAGAAGAACCAAGGAGCAGAGCAAGCAGACACCUUGAAGAAGUAGAACGUUCAGGAAACGCAUCUUCUCAAGCUUUUUCUCCAAUAGUUACAGACACAUUGGACAUUUUGCGAAGUUCCACCACAACGUUCCGCAUGGAAGAUAUUUUUGGAACCCAGUCCCAAGAUGAAGACAGUGAUCCACCUGAGAUUGAAGUUGUAACUGCGGCAUUAUCACCACCACAGACUUCCACCCAAACAGCCACAACUCAUCCUUGUCCAGCAAGUAUCCCGGUAGACGAUCCUCCAAAAGAUCCUCCUCAAUCUGAUCUGAUGACCAAUUUUGCGAGAGAUAUGGAUAGGAAGCAUGAAGUCCACAGUCGAAGGACUGAGGCCAGCAUACAAGCAAUUUCCGGUGCAGUUGACCAUCUAACAAACCAAGUGUCUGUUUGUGUUAAUCGUCUUUCCAACCAAAUGUCAGAAACGAUUGGGCGUUUAUCGGCACAGAGGCCAACGGUGAGUGAAAGAAGAAUGGAAAGUGAUCACAACUUGAUCGCUCUCUUUGAACGCAUAGCUGCAACUCAGGAGCGCAUAGCUACAAGCCAAGAAUUGAUGACAUCCUAUCAAAUCAGAAUGACACGUACUCAGGAGCAAAUGUCAGCGAGCCUCCAGCAAGUUGUGACAAAUUGUCAGCUCAUUGAGACACAUCUCCAAGUUAUAGCAGAUGAUGUAAGGUCCAGAGGAAACUCAUCAGUGACCAUACCCGAUUCGUCGAUGUCUCCACAAGUUACCAAACCUCUGGCAGAAGAAGUGGUAGAAGAUUCAAGACAGUCAACAUCCGGCCAGCCAACAGUUCCAUCAACGAGCGGUAGACCAGAGACACCAAUUCCAGAAUGAAGAAGACCCAAUGAACCAACGUGCAAACUGAUGUCUUUAAUUCCCAUUCCACAUGUGUAUUCCAUUUCAUUAUUAUAUAUCCUCAAAUCUCCUUCAAUUUCCUUGAUGCCACUGGUCCCCAAAUUAAAGUCCUAUCAAGAGAAAUGAUGAGACCUAGAAUAGUUAACUGGUACUUCUAAUUGACAUACCGGGACUUUGUCAGAAAUGUACUGAAGAAGUGAGGAUGAUCGCUCUCUUAUGAAUCCGGUCAGUACCAAAUUAUAGAACUGUGGAGGAUUGUUGCAUCUUGGAGAGGUCUCAGUGACCUUACAUGUUCUCAUUGGAAUGUGUCUGCUGGCACGCAGCUUUAUUAAGUCAAGUCCACAAUCAAUUGUCUCCUCAUCUGGUGGAGUAAUAUCGGUUAGUCUGACGGCACCAUUAUUAACAUCUAAAGUCGGGUAGAUUAGCGUUAGCUGCAUGUGUUUGAAUUGUCAUUCUGUCAUGAAUGCCUGCGAUUUCUUAGGAUGUGUACCCCGUGGUUGCUAAAUGAAAUAAUCCUGGAUAUAUGGAACACAUUGACCCUAAUCUUGAGUUGCACGCAAGUCUAAAAGGGGACGUAUCUAGAAAACAUGCGCAUCCGCGCGUCAACCGAGACUGCAUCCAUGACCAGUACUUCUGCCGGUGAAAUUGGCAUUUUGGUUAUGUUGAGUGCAUUUAUCCAGAGCUCCGUAUUAUUAUGAGGCGUGCAUAUAACAAAGUGAUGUGCCUGUGUAAGGCGGUUCUUCUGCACCCAGCGUAGCAUGGGUUUAGCUGUGUCGGCACUACUGACGGUUGCAGCUCUGGUUGGUGCGGCUAUAGACGUGAAACGGUACGGUAGCCUAAGGUAGUAGAUUUAGCUGUUGCAUCUGGACCCUAUGCCUGCAACUCGAGGUCAGGCUCUUAGAAAGCUAUAUUACCAUUUAAGAGUGAGCUCUCUUUUCUAGUCUGCUGAUAUUCUGUAUAUGUUUGUUCUCUGGACCACGGGAGUCUGUAAACGGUUUUUGUUUUGUUUUUUUAAUAUACUUUUUUAGAUUUGUCAGAUUAAUAAUUGAUGAGUAAAAGGCUUUUUUAAUUUG